AUGACCCGUGUUUACUACAGAGAGGCGGUAGGGGGGUUGACCGUUCGUCAGAAAUCGAUGACCCGACUGUCCACGUUUCAGGCCGUCCUCAAGUGGAAAGGAGACCUGGACUCCAAGGUUGCCCUUAGCAACGGGACGCCGGUUCCAGCCGUUCUAUUGGCCAACAAGUGCGACCAGCGGAGUCAAGGCUCGUGCCCAAAGCUACGUACAACGCUGCCCAAACUGGAGAACUUCUCCCGACAGUACGGGUUCGUCGGCUGA